CGAAUACGUUUAUUGAUCUGCUGCAGUAAAAAAUACUGUUGAAUUUUAAUGACAAUUAAUUUGUGUAUAAAAGAUUUUAGGGAUUGUAGUGAUAGUCAUAAUCAUAGUUAGGGGGCGCUGAACUACGGCAGCCCCUGCACGGGGACGUGCCGGUUGAGCACUCAGGCGAAGCCCAUUCUGCUGUGCCUCCUGUACCUUAAGAAGUUACUUUAUAAACCCUUGUUUAUAGAUUCAACAACUCGGAAAAUUGAUGCCAAGCUGCACUGAAAAAAACCAGCCAUUUUAACUGAUCUCGCACCAGAAAUUCGUCAUUUUACGAAGACUCGCCAAAACUACCAGUGGCACACCGUUGUUCUUACUGAACAGUCGUUACAAUAACGGUACAAUAACACAUGCAACAGUAACACGUGCGUCUCCCCGCUCUGCCUCCUACUCAUAUGUACACCAUAAAAAAAGAAAAAAAAACAUUCUUACAACUACCGCUUUCAACAAAAAAUUAAAAACUACACCGAAAUCUAAUGUUGAACGCAGUAAAGAAUAUCGACAACGGCAGAAGCAUGCUACUGAAGAAUAUCGACAACGGAAAAAGGAUGCUACAUCAAGUACUGCCGAAAAACAAACGAAUGCUGAACGCUCUAAGCAAUAUCGACAACGGCAAAAAGAUGCUAGUACCACUGAAAGAUCAAAACGCAAUGCUGAACGCUGCAGAGAAUAUCGACAACGUAAAAUACGUGAAAGUCAAUCGAGCACUACCACCGAAACAUCACAACGAUUUUAAUAAUGAUCAAUCAACUGCAUCCUCUUUUUGGAGUCCAACUUCUAAAAGUGGGAAUGUCUUUCCGGACGAAGACACAUCUAGAUUUUUUUCUACAUCGCAUGGAAUACUACAAACUCAUCCUGAUUCCAGUGCAUUUCAAAGUGGCUUUGGUGGAAUUGAUAAUCUUGGUAGUCGAGGAAUAACUGUUCGUCCACCAAGAACAAGACCUUUAGAUUACAGUGAAAGAGCUACAGCAGAGUUAAGAAGAAAUCCAUCUUUAUCAGCCCCUGAUGAAUGCGCUCGAGCUUGUAGAGAAGGCGACCAACCAAGAAUUUGUUACUACCAUUUUACAUUAGAAUACUACACUGUGUUAGGAGCUGCAUGCCAAGUAUGUACUCCGAAUGCGACGAACACCGUAUGGAGCCAUUGUCAGUGCGUAUUAGCAGAUGGUGUUGAACGUGGUAUUCUUACAGCAAAUAGAAUGAUUCCUGGUCCAAGCAUUCAAGUUUGCGAAGGCGAUAAAGUUGUUAUCGAUGUUGAAAAUCAUAUGGAAGGAAUGGAGGUUACUAUUCAUUGGCAUGGAAUAUGGCAAAAAGGAUCACAAUAUUAUGAUGGAGUACCCUUUGUAACUCAAUGUCCCAUUCAACAAGGAACAACUUUUAGAUAUCAGUGGACCGCCGGAAAUGCAGGCACGCAUUUCUGGCAUGCUCAUACUGGAUUACAGAAAAUGGAUGGCUUAUAUGGAAGUAUAGUCGUGCGACAACCACCAAGUAAAGAUCCCAAUAGUAAUCUGUACGAUUACGAUUUGACUACUCAUGUUGUUCUUAUAAGCGAUUGGAUGCAUGAAGAUGCUGCUGAACGUUUUCCUGGACGUCUAGCUGUAAACACUGGACAAGAUCCUGAGACUGUUUUAAUUAAUGGCAAAGGGCAGUUUAGAGAUCCCAAUACCGGUUUUAUGACAAAUACUCCUUUUGAAAUUUUUACUAUAACAUCUGGACGCCGCUACCGGUUUCGCAUGAUUAACUCAUUUGGUUCUGUGUGCCCUGCACAAAUCACAUUCCAAGGGCACAAGCUAACAUUGAUUGCAACAGAUGGAGAACCAGUUCAUCCCAUUGAUGUUAAUACUAUUAUUUCAUUUUCAGGAGAGAGAUACGAUUUUGUAAUAAAUGCUGAUCAAGAAAUUGGAGCUUACUGGAUUCAGUUACGGGGACUUGGAGAAUGCGGUAUUAAACGAGCUCAACAAUUAGCGAUUCUUAGAUAUGCUCGUGGUCCGUAUCAUCCCUCUACAGAGCCACCGACGUAUGAUUUCGGAUUACCACAAGGCGUGGUAUUAAAUCCUCUUGAUGCUAUCUGCAAUCGACCACGAGAAGAUGCUGUUUGUAUAAGUCAACUGAAAAACGCACGAUCGAUUGAUGAAGGUUUACUACAAGAACGACCCGAUGUGAAAAUAUUUUUGCCAUUCCGAUUUUUAUUUUAUAGACCAGAGGAAGUAUUUCAACCAAACACAUAUAAUCGUUAUCUAGUUGCACCUACUGGAGAUCAUGUGAUUUCGCUAGUUGAUGAAAUUUCUUUUACGUUCCCACCAUCACCACCACUGUCGCAAAUAAAUGAUAUUCCACCAGAACAAUUUUGUAAUGGUGACAAUAGACCUGCUGAUUGUGGUGCGAACUGUAUGUGCACGCAUAAAGUUGAUAUUCCAUUCAAUGCUAUUGUUGAAGUUGUUUUAGUCGAUGAAGUUCAACAACCAAAUCUUUCUCAUCCUUUUCAUCUGCACGGAUAUGCGUUUAAAGUUAUAGGCAUAGGUCGUUCUCCAGACAAAAAUGUUAAGAAAAUCAACCUAAAACACGCUUUAGACCUCGAUAGGCGAGGUCUUCUACAUCGAGAAUUUAAUUUACCGCCUUCAAAAGACACUAUAGCUGUACCUAAUAAUGGAUAUGUAGUUUUCAGAUUUCGAGCUGAUAAUCCAGGUUACUGGUUAUUUCAUUGCCAUUUCUUAUUCCAUAUUGUCAUCGGUAUGAAUUUAAUUCUACAUGUCGGAACACAUGCGGAUUUACCACCAGUCCCGCCUAAUUUUCCAACAUGUGGAGACCAUCUACCUCCAAUUACACCACCACUGCCGAUAGAUACAUUUCAUUAAUUGAAAUAUUAAAUUGACUAUUCAAGAAUUAUUCAUUUUUAACAGACUGGGCAGAAUAAAAUGUAUAUAAAGAUCUUGUAAAGAGUGAGGUCAAACGCUUGAAUAGUAUUAUUUUUUAGUAUUUCUAUCUAUUCAGUAACUUAACAUAAUGUUUGUUUACAAAUUGCUUAUGCAUUUUGUUCUAAAAAGCAAACUUGAAGAAACUGUAGAAAGAUGUAUGUAUGUGAUUAUUUGUAAAUAUAAUUUCUUAUUGGUAUUUAA